CACUUCUUUUGCCAUUUGGUCACCUGGCUUCAGCUACAAUGCAACAAGCUUUAGAACUGGCAUUGGAUCGUGCAGAGUAUAUCAUUGAAAGUGCUCGUCAGAAACCUCCGAAAAGAAAAUAUUUACCUAGUGGAAGAAAAUCUGUAUUUCAAAAACUCUAUGAUUUAUAUAUAGAAGAAUGUGAAAAAGAGCCUGAGAUAAAGAAGCUGAGGCGAAAUGUGAAUUUACUUGAGAAGCUCGUUAUGCAGGAGACAUUGUCAUGUCUGGUAGUGAACCUCUAUCCGGGAAAUGAGGGUUAUUCACUUAUGCUCAGGGGAAAAAAUGGCUCAGAUUCUGAGACCAUUCGGCUGCCUUAUGAGGAAGGAGAGCUGCUUGAAUAUUUGGAUGCAGAGGAACUACCACCUAUUUUGGUUGAUCUUUUAGAAAAAUCUCAGGUUAAUAUAUUUCAUUGCGGGUGUGUCAUAGCAGAAAUACGUGACUAUAGGCAGUCUGGUAACAUGAAAUCUCCAACGUACCAAAGCAAGCACAUUCUUUUACGUCCCACAAUGCAGACUUUAAUUUGUGAUGUGCAUUCUAUAACAAGUGACAACCACAAAUGGACACAGGAGGACAAGCUCCUACUUGAGAGCCAACUUAUUUUGGCUACAGCAGAGCCUUUGUGUCUUGAUCCUUCAAUAGCAGUGACCUGUACUACAAACAGACUCCUGUACAACAAGCAGAAGAUGAAUACUCGCCCCAUGAAACGGUGCUUCAAAAGGUACUCAAGGUCAUCUCUGAACAGACAGCAGGAAGUAGCUCACUAUUCAACUCCACCUCAGCUCAGACUACUUGACUACUUACAGAAAAGAAAGGAGAGGAAAGGAGCCCAGCAGUAUGACCUCAAAAUUUCUAAAGCUGGAAAUUGCGUAGACAUGUGGAAACAGAACCCUUGCUACUUGACUGCACCUUCUGAAGUGGAUGUGGAAAAAUAUGCCAAAGUGGAAAAGUCUAUCAAGCCUGAUGACUCACAACCAACUGUCUGGCCAGCACAUGAAAUAAAAGAUGAUUAUGUGUUUGAAUGUGAAGUUGGUAAUCAGCUUCAAAAAACAAAACUGACCAUUUUUCAGUCUCUUGGCAAUCCCUUGUACUAUGGUAAAAUUCAGACACUCAAAGGUGAUGAGGAAAAUGACAACCUAUUAACUCCAUCACAGUUCCUUAUUGGUUCGAAGACUGAUGCUGAAAGAGUGGUGAACCAGUAUCAAGAGCUAGUACAGAAUGAAGCAAAAUGUCCUGUGAAAAUGUUUCAUAAUUCAGGUGGAUCAGUAAAUCUUAGUCAUCUUUCUCCAGGGAAGGAAAUGGAACAGCCAGAAAGUAUAUCAGGCUCUGUUCAGUCUUCAGUAUUGGGGAAAGGUGUAAAACACCGACCUCCUCCCAUCAAAUUACCUUCAAGUUCAGGAAGUAGCUCUUCAGGUAAUAUUUUUAGUCCACAACAGUCAAGUGGCCAUCUAAAGUCCCCAACUCCUCCUCCUUCUUCUAAGCCUUCUGGUCUUUCUCGGAAACAAUCUAUGGAUCUUAAUCAAGUUAGCAUGCUCUCCCCAGCUGCCAUGUCUCCUGCGAGCUCUUCACAAAGGUCUGGAACUCCUAAAUCAUCUACUCCUACUCCAACCAACACCCCUUCAUCGACCCCACACCCUCCUGAUGCUCAGAGCUCAACUCCUAUUACCCCUUCUGCCAUCCCUACUCCCCAAGAUUCAGGCUUCACCCCUCAGCCCACUUUGUUAACCCCAUUUGCUCAGCAGCAGAUGUCUCUGAGCCAGGCACUGCCUGUAAUGACCAUUCCUCUUUCCACCAUGGUAACAUCCAUUACUACAGGAACAACCUCCACCCAGGUCAUGGCAAACCCUGCAGGACUUAACUUCAUCAAUGUAGUGGGCUCUGUGUGUGGAGCACAGACACUGAUGAGUGGGUCAAACCCCAUGUUGGGGUGCAACACUGGUGCCAUAGCCCCUGCAGGUAUAAAUCUGAGUGGCAUUUUACCAUCAGGAGGUCUGGUACCAAGUGCGCUGCCUGCUGCGAUGCAGUCUGCCUCUCAAGCAGGUUACCCCUUUGGUUUGAAAAAUGCAUCAAAUCUUCGGUCCUUAAAUCUUCUACAGGAUGUUGGGGAAACUCAGCAGUUUGAAUUAUGCCUUUUGCUUUUAAUCUUCAACAGCUUCCAGGUGGUUCAGCAGUAACAGCAGCUGUCACAGUUCUCUCCACAGCAAUCUCAGCAGCCUGCAACCUGUAGCCCUCAGCAAUAGGCAGAACAAUUGUCUUUUCAUUUUUGCUAGGGGUCUGACCAAGGUCCAUCCAAUCAAGAUCAGGCAUUAUCUGCCCAACAAGCUGCUGUAAUUAACCUGACGGGAGUAGGGAAUUUUAUGCAACCUCAAGCCACAGCAGUUGCGAUUCUUGCAGCAUCAAAUGGCUAUGGCAGCAGCAGCAGCAGCACAAGCAGCUCACCUGCGUCAUCAACAGCGUUCAGGCAGCCACUCAAAAAGUAAAAGGAAAAGAGGCACACCAGUCCCUCCGAAAUCC